AUGUCAAACCGGCUUCCACGCGAUCUUUGGACUGAAAUCCUGGUAAGCCUACCCGUGAAAUCUCUUUUACGAUUCCAAUGUGUUUGUAAAUCAUGGAAAUCCUUGAUCUCUACUCCUACAUUUAUUUCCAUGCACACCCAACACAGUGAGAGCACCGGCAAUUACGCUCACAUAAUACGUUGGCAUAGAUAUAAAGACAUAGAGACACCAUACGGAUUACUCCAUAUCGAUGGUUCAUUCAAUGAGUUUCAAGAACUUGAAUAUCCAUGCCAAAUGAGGGGUAGAUGUCAUGGAGUCGUCCAUGAUUGCAAGGGAUUAAUACUUUUUACGACUGACAACAAGUCCCAUAUUCUAUGGAACCCUGCAAUUAGAAUGUCUAUGACUCUUCCUCGACCUCGCAUUGUUGUACCGGUGAAAGCAACAAGCAAAUACUGUAUUCACGGGUUCGGCUUUGAUCAUACAAGUAAUGAUUACAAGGUGCUGAGAAUGGUCAAUGAUUAUAACACCUUGUCUCCACUUCAGGCGGAACUUUAUAGACUCCGCACAGGCACUUGGGAGACUUUUACGGGUGCUGACGAUUUUGGUAAGUAUUAUAUAUAUGAGAAUACGCAUACUUUCUUGAAUGGGGCGAGUCACUGGCUUGUAUUUCAUGAGGCAUCCGGCUCUCGUAAACGAAUGGUUGUGUUGUUUGAUAUGUGUGAUGAGCAACUCCGAGUGAUGAAGCUUCCGGAUCAUCUUAGUUUAAGCUUGGGUGCUGAUUCUGUUCUUGGUGUCUCUGGUGGAUUGCUUUCUUUAAUGGUGCAGAACGGGGAAGAAAAUGUUGAUUUGAGAUGCAACAUUUGGUUGAUGAAGGAAUAUGGCGUGGCAGAAUCGUGGACUAAACAGUUUACAAUUAAUUUAAAGCGUUGGUUCUUUGGGGAGAUCUUCUGUUUAAGGAACAACGAAAAGAUUUUGGCUUGGCAUUGGAAAAAGGGAAAAGUGUCGACCUUAUGUAAUCCCAAGACAAAUAGAUUGAUUAAUCUUAAACUCGAGGGUUUUUUUCUUGGCAAGAAUACUUUCGUUGAAAGUCUUGUUUUACUCGAUAAAGUAAAUCCUAUGCAAACAUGUCAGAUUUGUUUAAGCAAAGGCCAGUGGUGCGACUCAAAGGAAAGAAAAAAAGAGGAAGACAUGCACGUGCGACAGAAGGCUAAGUAA